UCGUGAUCACUUUUUUUCUUGCCAAAUUUGUUUGUAUUCAAAUUUUCGAUAAUUUUAUUUGAUAAGCCAAAAACAAGUUGCAGAAACAAGAAUCUUGUUAUCAUUACAAUCAAUCAAUAUAGCAAGUAAUAGAGUGUAUCAGUUUCUUAUCGCAAUAACAAAAUGUACCCAGCAACGAAUACAUACAAAGUAAAACGUGCUAUCGCUUGUAACACGUCAUGUCACGUAUCACAUGUAGGCCAUGUCAAGUGUAUACGCGUGUGUGUGUGUGUGUGUGUGGGCAAUAAACAUGCUAGGCCUUUAAGGGCCAUAUGGUUUUUGUGUAUAUAUAACCCCAUGAUCUAUGGUCAGUUUGUAUCAUCGUUCACAAGUGGUCAGUUUCGUUUUUUUCUACAAUUUUUUUUUGCUGAUUUUCCGAACUAUGGCUAUUUUGAAAAAGUUAUCCAAUUUGGAUUGUCCGAAAAAUCCGAAAAUCUUACUUCUUGGUUCAUUACCGGAUUCAUCGAAAUUGUAUUUCUUUUUCAAUUAUGAACAUUGUCGUGCAAUUGGUCGUCAUCGUGUUGGACAACAACCGGCUAUGGGUGUACAAUUGAACACAAUACCGUAUCGUCAUCGUAAUCGUCAUGUAUUCGUGGAUAUCUGGAAUUUCGUUAUCAAUUUCGAACGUUAUGAUCGUUUGGCACCGAUUUAUUGGAACAAUACCGAAGCUGUUGUUGGUGUUUGUUCACUACAUUCAGCUGGAUCAUUUUUGAAGAUGAAAUAUUGGAUCGAAAAAUUGGCAAAUAAUCCCCAAUAUGAUAAACCAAUUUACAUAUUGGCAUAUGCAAAAACCUCAAAAAUCUAUCAUCGUGAAGUGAGUGAAGAAAAUUUGGCUGAAUAUGUUGCUAAAUCAUUGCCAAACAAUCAAACACGUUCAUAUAUUGUACAUAGUUCAAGUGCAGCUAAAGAUUUGAAACCAUUUUUUCAAUUAUUCCUGAAUCGUAUAACAAAAUCGGUGGAAAAUCGUGAACAACAACGACGACAAAUGAAACGGCUACGUACAAAACAAACAUUGAAACGAUUACUAUCAUUUGGUAUUCGCAAACAACGACAAUUGAUUACUGAUGAAGAUUUUCAUUGUAUUGGUUAAUUAAUUUUUUU